AUGGUUAAAAAGAAACGUAGUAAUGUUCAGUCAAACGAGCUGUCUGGAAAAGGUGCUACUGCUGGAAAAAGAACACGGAUUUGGAAAAGCUUGAAACAGAUUAUAACUGCUGAUCGUUUGCUACCUGUACCUGCACGUGAUAUUUCAUAUUCAAGUAUUGAUAGCCCUCCUUCAACUAAGCCAUCGAAAAAGUAUUCCGAUCUCAGUGGUUUACCGUUUAAACCAAACAGUAUUUCCAUGUUCAGAAAUAUUAUUCAUUGGGCUGCAGUUUGAAAAAAUUGUAGACCUAUAAAUUCUCAUUGUUGGCUGUCUGUUCAUCCUUAACCUUGAGAACAAAGUUAGACAGAUGAAAGUUGAGACCAGAUAUGGAAUGCUUGGGGGCAGAAGGCUCUGAUUAACUAUAUACAAACUUCUGAUUUUUAUCAGAAGUCAUGUUGU